AUGGAUCGAAGGGACGUUCCGCGGGGCACUCCAGCGUCGUUGGAGUGUAUGUCGCCCUCGCUCUCACUCCUGAGACUCAUGUCCGGCAUCAACCAUCGUGCCCAUGAAUUAUUCAUGAACAGGCUGUCGCAAAGAAGCUCAGACAAGUCUGUGCGCAGCCCUAUGUCACGUGGAUAUGGCAGCAGGGGACGGCAGAGUCCGCGUGCGAGUGGCAACACGAUAAUGGCGCCCAGCCCUAGAGCUGCAUUGAACACGACAGACGAUGCUGUAACCAGCCCGUGGCCGAAGAGAAUGCACACGCCGCAGGAAUCGCCAAUGGCAAGGACGUCGGGCGGAUCUGGAAGCCAAGGCGUUGCUGAUACGGCGCAGGUUGGAAGCACAGCUACGCCGACAAGAAAACAAGACGGUUACUCGCUGCUCAGUCAUUGCCGAUCUUCUUCUUCGUCCCUUAGGUUCAACCCGGCAUCACUCGUUUCGUUGCCUUUUGGGUACUGCAACAACACGUUCGUCAAAAUCAGGGUCGAUGACGUCAUUGACCCUAGGGUGGGGCGUAAGAGAACAAAGCGUGAUUAUUCGUCAUCAGCAACCGCAACUCAACAACAGCCUGCCAGGCGUGGAUCGAGGCAGGCUGCGGUGCAGGCCCCAAGCCUUGCUCACAUGACCGACGAUGAAGACUUGCUAACGCAUUAUGAAUAUUCCAGCAACCCUUACAAGCGGCGCUAUUGUAGCAGUGUGAAGUACAGAAGGAGGACGGAACGCAUUGACACAGGAGGCGGUGAAGACGGGAUGCAAGCAGUACAUGCACAAAGGCACCGGCAGCAGAGACCGUAUACCCGUAAGACGUCAGAGCACGCGGAUGUUGGUGUAGAAGAACAACUUCCAGAAGUAUCGGGUGCUGAAAGUGGUACAGACACGGAGGACAUUUUGCCCGUUAUCACUCCAGCGACGCAAGCACCGUUGCCCUUGCAUGAUCAAGACAGAGGACACCUUAAAAACAUGGAAAGUGCCGCCAAAAGGGUGAAGAGGGAGAUGGUAGACCAGAUGAUGGAUGUUGUUCAGGCUGUAAGCGUAGUCAAGAAGCGACUUAUAGGGAAGGACGGUGAUGCGGACGCAUGUCCAGAACAAGCAGGGCUACCUAUGGACUCCGAAACGCUUGCACAGCUUGAGGAUGCUCUGAAAUCACUCGUUAGAGAAACUCGGCACAACAUUGUAGCCCUGCAAUACUCAAAGCUACUCUUGAACUGGCAUUACAGCCCAGAUGUCGUUGAUGGUGUGAAACAAACGCGAGAAAACUCUCCAGGGAGGUCUGUAGACAUCACCGACGAUGCGGAAAAUGGUAACCCUGAGUUGAACGAUUCCUUCUCCCAAUAUCGCGGAGUAGUUACAGCAUCGCCGUGCAUUACCUUCAGCGACGGACUGGCUUGCGUCCAAGGGUUGUGCAGCACCAGCAAGCAGUCGUUCGAGGCGCAAGCGCUUACCGACUGCUACACAGCUGCUGGUUGUUAUGUGUGGGAGCAUCAAAACGAGAAGGUGCCAGAGGGCAAGCUGCCGAACGAUGGAAAGCAUUGCACAGGCGAUCUCGAGCCCAGUAUAUGUAAGGUAGAAUCUGCCGAUGCAAUUUGCAAUAUAAAUGGUGCCUCUGCAACGCGUCAAAUACAACCAAGUGACUAUGCUGAAGGUGCAGAGUAUGGUGAGGCCCUGGAGGAAUCCGACGAGGAAGGCCUCGGCAAGACUGGGCCGUGGACUUCCGACCCUGAUUUCGCCAAAUCCAUCCUAGAUUCAAAUCUAAAGGCGCAAUUCAACGCGUAUGCCGGGUUUUUGAAAGAUGUUUGCCACAGCGCCAUCGCUGAAGUGCGUAUACCAAGGCCUGAAUGGGUAGGGUCAAGCGAGCAUUCCUGCAAUAAUGACAUGUGCUGCCCAAGGUGCUGCACCUGUAAGGAUACAUGCACUACUGAGUAUAAGCGUACGAAGCAUUCAGGAUCAAGCAAUGCUAAUGAUGCGGAAAGUUUGCGCUUCGAGGUGGAGACCGCCCUCGCAAGAACUGACAUGUUAGCUUCGAUGCUGGGGAAGUGUGUCUGUUUCUGCAACUGCCUCUCCGAUCGAAGGUUAAUCGACCGAGUGAUUCAUGAUAACUCAAAAAAUCGUCGUCAGGGUAAUAGUGGGAUUGUAUGGCACGACAUGGAAUGCCCUGAGAACAUGCUGGAUGCAGAAUACCCUAAUCUGCCUCGAGAAGGCGUUCUGCAGGAGAGGUUCACUUUGCGGAUCAAGGCUGAACACAUACCACUCUCAUGGAAACAACGCAGUCCCUUCGUUUGCAAGCUGGAUAUUAUAACGGACGCGAUCAAGGAUGAUGUUCACAGCAAUGAGACACCCGACCACACCGACUGUGGGAAAGAUAUGCCAAGCGAACUUGGGCUCCAUGGUGCAUUUAAUACCAAUAACCCAUCUGAUGGUCACACCAUAAGCCAACCCCUAACUUGCGAUGGGGGCAACUUGUCGGGCGGUAACUGUGCGUUAUUUUCACAAGGGUCUCCGGAUACCUACGAUCGCAAUGCCAACCCAGAAGGAAUCACACAGGUUGAGGACGCACCGAUGUUAAAGCUCAAGGAAUUCAAGGAUCUCAGUAGUUUCACGCUAUGGGAUGCCGUGGAUACCCUUGCAAAAGAGCAGCGGGAACUGCAUCGUAUACUGCGUAAAAACGAGUUCACGGAUUGUUUUGACGCGCUGGAGAUCGAUGUUUCGCAACUGACACGAGAAAAGCUUAAAUUGAGUAGCGAGUGUCUCAUUGAUGACCCCAAUUCCGAAGACUACGUGGAAAUAGCGUUGUAUCUGCCGUACGCGCCGAGCUGCAUCAUGCCCUGGCGGUUCGAGUCAAUCGACACAUUGGAGAUAAUGUCACAACGGUUCAAACGUGCGCCCAGGGUUGAAGUGCACCGUAGCUAUGGCGUAUUGGAAGAUCUAGAGGGUAUGUGCCCGCCUGACUCCGACGAAAGGACUCAGAGCGAGGAUAUUAUGCUGGAUGAGUGCAUUAUGGACAGAAGCCUGGUGAUGUUGCAUCAUCUGGAUGAGCUUGUCAGCAAUACCCCAACAAAUGUCAGGGUAUACGAUGAUGUGUCCAGCAACAGCGGCGCAGGAACCCUAGUCGAGAGCUCCGCUACCCCUUAUGCGGACGAUGCUUCGACGAUCGGCACUGAUACCAGUUCCCCCACAAUAAUCAAGGAUUUUGUAGAUGCGAACACGAAUGGUGACUCUGAGACAUUGGCAUGUUCCGAACUGCUAAGGGAUAUGGUGGUAGUGCCGCUCUGCGUUAAAAGGGUGCUUCAGGUUAUGCGAGAACACAUACUUGUGCGCAACGAGAUCUUAAAUGCGGAAGCGCAUGCUUGCAAGCUGUACAAACGCCGGUGGCACCAUUACCUGAGGCGUAUGAAAGCCGCUGCACCGAAAGUGGAUGAUUUCGCAUGGGGUGUUCUGCCCGUAAGAGCAUUGGAUGAGCCCAACAAUUUCGUACCACUGCCGGCCGGGUUUAAACAAAACGACAUCAAUUGGCCCUAUAUAACCAACAAUGUAUUGUCACCAUUCGAAGUUAACAGCUACGGCAUCGGGGAUAUCUGCAACCAGCAGCAAAGAUUCAGCACGCUGGCGCAAAACGCCCGCGACGAUAAGGAGAUGGAGAUGUCGGACUACCAGCAGAUACACACAACAAGAAAACCGAACGCCGGGCGUCGACGUUUGGGUCCAGAGGCUGCAGUUACGGACAAUUAUGAGGAUGAUGGGAGCAGAGCACCGGUGUGGCUGGCGCCAAGUUACAGCAACCUCACUGGGCCUGGAUUACGAUGGACGUAUUCGUGCAUGGACACUUUGAGCGACCCGUUGCACUGCAUUCCAAACUUCAAAACAGUGCCAAUAUAUCAAAUCAUGACGUCCCCAGAUUACAACUAUUAUAAGCUCGACCAUUGCGUGCAGUAUGACAGGCGCAAUUCACUCCCAUCGGAGGCCGUCUUGGCUGAAGAAAUUAAUGGCCGCAUCAGCAACGUGUGGACACGAAACGAGUGCCGGAUAUUUGUUGAGAAAUACCUCAUGUAUCCCAAAAACUUUGCCAAAAUAGCUCAGUUCAUCGAAAACAAAACGUGCGGCGACUGCGUGUCCUUCUACUACAAAUACAAGUAUAGGCUGAAGCUUAAGGAGCGCAUCAACGAUAUGAAGUCAAAACCGAAAAACAAGUACGAUGUGUCACGAUUCGUCAGGCGUGAUGCUCACGUUAUGCAAGCCAUUGAUAGCAUACUAGACGACUGCUACACUGACAGCGUGAAAAGUCUCUGCGAGCAGAACAGUUUCGCAUUCACAACAGUCAACGACCACCUACUAAGCACUGCGGUUGUGGACAACGUCAAACCGUAUGAUGUGGCGUUAACCGAGCACCGUGGAAACUGGUCACCGAUGGAAGACAGCUUCCAAUUAAUGCUGGACAACUUGAACGAGGGUUACUUCGUUCCUACGAAGUUCCGGUGUCUCACUACGCGCAAGAAUAUGCAAUUACCGCUGAAAACAAUGCCCGGAGAUGCUGAAACUACGCUAAGACGCGGUUGCCUCAUCAUGAAUGGCUGCCGUGACUUCGGCGAUCCGCAGCAACUGUCUUCGGUGAUGAGCGCUGUAAAGACGGAUCAUUUCAUGUCACUAAAGCCCAUUUGUUCCAAAAAGGUCGCUGGGCGAUCUGUGCUGGAGGCAGUCAUGCAGGACACAAUCGCUGACCAGCAGCGUAUAGAUACAAGAGUGGGGGCGAACGUAAUGCAAUUCAAGCGCAGGUAUUCGGCAACUCUGGUGGAUGGCACUUCAGACAUGGAAGACACCGAAAGCCACGACAUGAACUAUGCAGAUGAUUCCGAGCAGUACGACAGUCCAUCACCCGAUUGGAACCGUGCGGAAGACACGCCAGAGUACUCCGCUGAGGAGGAAGAAGUGGAAGAUUCUGUGUCAGAACCCGUGACGCCGCAGUACGAAACCCAGAGUGACGAAGAAAAUGUACAAGAUCCUAUGGGUUAUGACGCAUAUGACUCAAAUGUCGAAGAAUCAUAUCAGGCGAUGGAUGAAUCGCACCGCAGCAGCGGCUAUCCCAUUAAUGCACCUGCUUUUACGGCGCACCAAGAAAGCCGCACAUCCCAUGUCGUGGAAAACCCCAGGUGGAUGGAAAGAUCGCAGUUGCAGGACGUACAUGUGGGAAAUUACGAUGACGGUGAAAGUGCCGAAGAAGCUGAAACCUACAAUCCUACACAGGCGCCGCAAAGGACUGUCGUAGAUUGGUCAGAAAAGGAGGUUGCAGCGUUCGUACGGCUAUAUCGUAUAUAUGGCGAAGACUGGGAUAUAAUUGAAAGUCAAAUGGCCCGAUAUGGGAGAACUAAAGAAGACAUUAUCAAUUAUUACAUUGCUCGGCUUACCACCAACGCCCUGAAACGGGACGGUAAUCGUUACCAAGGGUCAGAUUACGGAUACGACAAGGACGAUGACGGAGACGCAUACCAUUUGUCGUAA